AUGAAUAAUCGAAGUGGUUGUCAUAGCGUUCUCCUAUUUCCUAUUUCAGCAACUAGAAACUACGAGCUGUUACAAACAUUAAAGAUAGUCGUGGCAUUUAUUGGACUGGGACAGUUGGCAUCAACGGUGAUCUAUUUGUCAACACUUUUCUACGAUUUUUCCGAAAUGACAGCAUUUUACAUAGGAUGCUACGCGGGAAUAUUUGUUAAUUUAAGCAUUUCAUGCAAUUGGUUCUUCUAUUAUUGGAGAAGAGAAUGUCAUACCGCUGGAACCAAAAUCUACAAUAAAGAGGGUGACGACGGUUCACCGAUAGAACUUCACGGUAGAGCUUCUGAGUAUUUUGUUUCAACGGUAUCCAUGUGGAAUGGCAAUGAAGAACCAGAGAUUAGUUGGGAAUUGACAGUAGCUGUUAUUAUCGCCUUUCAUAAUCUAAUUGGGUCCUCACGUAACUUUUUUGGUCGAUCCUCGAAGUUUGGUUGA